GUGAGUGAGCACCAACCGCAGGAGUCGGUUGCGGUUCAGACCUCACCCCUCGAGGACGUCAGCGGCGGCGCGACCAGCAGUGAGGCCUACAACAGCGAAACAGGCAGACGUCAAUCAGCCAUAAAACUGAAGGAUGUUGUUGCUCCCAUCUUUCGCAAGAAUUAUAAAAGGGACACUGUACAGACGCCUGUAAAUGCUCAUGAAGAGAGACACGACUCGGAAAAGAAGAAGGUGCAGCAUCCCUCCGAAGGAGUCCUAAAGAAACUGCUGCGGCGCAUAAGACGUCAGGGCGCUUUGGGCGACGGCAUCUCUGCGUUGGCCUUGGAGCGGAUUCGUCGGGUUCUUAUUUUCCUCUUUCUACUGCAAUACGGAACAACUGUAUACUUCGGCAAACUGGUUGUGAACAUCGCGUACGAAAAGUGGCAGUAG